AUGACUCUUGAAAAAAUUUACAUAGCCCGUCAUGGGUAUCGGGCAAAUUGGCUUCCUGAGCCGCAUCCACCAAACCCUACUGGAAUUGACAGUGAUCCAGCUUUAGCGCCACAUGGGGUGGACCAAGCCAUAGAAAUGGGAAAACAUCUAAGCAGUUUAUUACCAGCAGAUCAGCCACAGUUCAUUUUGACUUCUCCUUUUUACAGAUGCGUGGAAACGGCCGCACCAUAUGCUCGCGAAUCCGGCUUGAAGAUAUGUUUAGAACCUGGAGUGGGCGAAUGGUUCAAGCGUUCGAGGGCGGUGGUUCCGAAACCAGGAAGCUACGAAACGCACGCCAAAUUCUUUCCCGACGUUUUGGGUACCGCGUCUCUUUGGGAAGGCACCCUGGUUAACCCGUCUCUUGAAGGUGAAGACGAAGACGAGAUUUUCGAUAGAACGAAAAGGUUUUGGCAGGAGUUUUUCCCAAGAUUUGAACAGAAACACCCACAAGUCAAGAACCUCCUCAUUGUGACACAUGCCGCAACAAAGAUUGCAGCCGGGAUGUCCUUGAUGGGAUUGGCUUCUGUUCACGAUGCAGUCGAUGUGAAUGGGGAAAAGGGUAAAUUGCGUGCUGGUGCUUGCUCAAUAGAUAAGUACGAGAAGCAAGACGGAAAGUGGGUGAUAUUAGAGAAUGGAAGAACCGACUUCCUCAGUGGCGGCGAGGAGAUGAAUUGGAAUUUCGAUGUUAAGUUCGAGGCUGGUUCCGAUGAAGACAUUAAGGCUAGAGAAGAAGCGGCUGCGGCCGCUGCCGCAAACAACACCAGUAAGAGUGUUGAGUACGAGGUACGUAGCAAAGUUUGA